AUGACCCACUCAACAGAUUACGACGCCCUAGUGAUCGGCGCAGGCCCUGCGGGCUUAGCAGCAGCCACAGCCCUAGGAAGAGCAUGCAGACAAGUGGCCGUCUUCGACUCCCAAGAAUACCGCAACGAAAGAGUGGAAGAAAUGCACAACGUUGUUCUCCACGACGGCCAGAAGCCAGAAUUAUACCGUGCGGCCGCAAUCAAAGCCAUAUCAAGCAAGUACUCGACGGUCACAUUCAUCGACACUGUGAUCAAGACAGCGACAGUAACGGCAACAGCCGUCAGCGAUAUGCACAAAUUCCAAGUUACAAGUACCAAUGAUGGUCACUUUCGUGGUAAAAAGCUGAUCCUUGCUACUGGGAGCAAGGAUUAUUUUCCCGACAUACCUGGCUACGCUGAGCUGUGGGGGAAGGGCAUCGUUCAUUGCCUAUUCUGUGACGGGUUUGAGAAGAAGGAUACCCCUGCUGGUGCUCUGGGAUUGGAGUCGCUGCAGGAUUUGGCUUCUGUUCUAAUGGCGCACCACAUGUCGAAUGGCCCUUUGACAAUAUUUUUGAAUGGUGAGUCGGUGACAAGGGAUGAGGACCAAAAGGCUCUGCGCGUGGCAAAGGCUCGAGGCUGUAAAAUUGAUCAGCGUGAGAUUCGACGUUUUUCUCGGGACUCUGCGAGUGGCUAUAUUCUCAUUGAGUUUACGGAUGGCUCGCAGUGUCAAAUCGGGAUUUUGUUACAUCAUCCCGAGACGGUCAAUCGUGCUUCUUCUCUUAUAUCUGGGUUGAACUUGGAGCUUGUGCAAGAUGGUGGACAUAUUCAGGUUAAGAAUGCGGUGGGAGAGACCAGUGCGAGAGGGUGUUUCGCGGCCGGCGAUACAGCGACUGCGUCAAAGAUUGUUUCAGUUGCUCUGGUGGGAGGAACGAUGGCUGGCAUUGGGGCGGCAAGACAGCUGGCGAUGGAUGAAGGGCUCUGUGCAGCAUACCAAGCAGAGGGAGCAAGUGCAACACUAUAG